CGAAUCACAUGUCGGAGGUUCUACUCAUCUGGAUUUGUUUAUAAUUUGAAUCUACAUUGCUGUUUACAUUGCAUGUCAUUUGUUUGUAAAUUGAGCAAAAAUAAUUUUAUAGCAAAAUAAGUGGAAAUGGAAGGCUUAGAAAAGCCUCAGAUUAUUUGUCACAUUGAGAAAUCAGUGGAAUAUUCCCUUUUUGAUGCUAAAUGGAUUCCUUCUAGUGCUAAAUUUGUAACCUUAGGAUCAAAACCUCGUGGUGCGGGUAUUAUACAAAUUUAUGAAAUUACCAAUGGCGAACUAAAAGUAAUUAAAGAUAUCGAACGACCAACGCCUAUUAAAUGUGGUACUUUUAAAGCAUCCGAUCAUCGUAAUCGACAUUUUGCAACGGGAGAUUUUAAGGGAAAACUACACAUAUACGACUUAGAAAAUCCAUCAAUGCCUAUUUACACAGCCGAUGCACAUAAGGAAAUCAUAAACAGUAUUGAUGGAGUAGCGGGGAGUAAAGUUGGUUCUGGUCCACCUGAGUUGGUUACUGGAUCUAGAGAUGGGACAGUAAAAGUUUGGGAUCCACGUCAAAAUGACCGUCCAGUUACAGUAAUAGAGCCAACUGAUUGCGAAACUCGCCGAGACUGCUGGGCUGUAGCUUUUGGUAACUCAUACAACUCUGAAGAAAGGAUUGUUGUAUCUGGCUAUGACAACGGAGAUAUUAAAAUGUUUGAUUUAAGAAGAAUGGCGCUCCAAUGGGAAUGUAAUGUUAAAAAUGGUGUAUGCUGCCUUGAAUUUGACAGAAACGAUAUUUUCAUGAAUAAACUCGUUGCAACGACAUUAGAGUCAAAAUUUUAUGUGUUUGAUUUGAGGACACAGCAUCCAAAAAAGGGAUUUUCUUAUUUGUGCGAAAAGGCUCACAAGUCAACUGUAUGGGUAGUUAGGCAUUUACCUCAAAAUCGAGAUAUAUUUGCUACGUGUGGUGGAGGUGGAUCUGUUUGUUUAUGGAAAUACAACUAUCCGAGUAAUAGAAAACAAGUUGGUCCCGAAGGAACAGAACAAGGGGUAAUGGGUACACUAAACUCUUUACAAAAUUCAAAUAUAUCGUCUCAACCAAUCAGCUCUUUGGACUGGAGUCCUGAUAAAUUGGGCUUAGCUGUUUGCACUUCUUUUGAUCAAUGUAUUCGAGUACUAAUUACUACAAAAUUAAAUAUAUGUUAGAAAUUAAUAUAAAGUCGCCUUUUUAGAAUUUUUAUUAAAAAUUAAGUAGAGCAGACCGGGUAAGAAGUGAAUUAAAAUGAAUAAACACGUAUCUAUUCAAACUUCAUGAAAACGCGUUUAAAGUUGUGAAAUAUGGUAAUCUCGAUCAAGAUCACUAACUUUUUAUCACUAAACUUCAUAAAGGGGAAUUUUGGAAAUUUUAUGCGAUUCGUUAAAUUUUUUAAUUGGUAGAACAUACAGUAAGUGCUGGAUCUAUACUUAAACAUAUUUUUUUCUGAGAUAAACGAUGAAUUCCCAUCAAUAUCAACAUACCAAUCCAAGCUCGCUGUUUGAUAAUUCAUAAGCAUACUAUAAAUUAUUUUAUUUAUUUAAAAAUAUAUUAUAUGAAAUUAUAUUUAUAUAGAAAUACAAAUUUGUUUCUCCAACAAUUUUUUCUAAAAUAUCUUGACUAAAGAAUAAAUAAAAAAAAUCAGA